AUGGUGACGACAAGCAAUGUGAUUGCGAGAAGAAAGCGCAGGAGCGGAGGGAGCGGCAAAGGUGUCAAUGAUCCAAUCACGCUGUCUUCGCGCAGAGGCUUUGUUCACAACGGCUGCCGAAGUCCAACACGAGACCAAACCCUGGCAGCCAGCUCUUCGGAAGGCAGGCCGACACACAAAAACUCGAGCUCGAGACGCGACGCUGAUCUGCCAGCCCACGCCCGGCUCAGUCUAAUCAACGCGUCUGGCCCUCUUUACGCGCUUCCUCGCUUGCGGAGCAGCAGAUGCACAGGUCGACACGCGCGCGCUUCACUCCGCCUGGCGAGGCCACUGCGAGCUGCUGCUUUGCUUUUUGCAGCUGAAAUUCGACCAGCCUCCACUCGGCACAACCGCACGCACGGCUCAUCGAAGGACGCCAUAAAAAAGCUCAGCGUCAAGGGUCAUUCUUCCGAACGAGCAUAUUCUGCAGAGGCCAACAAAGGCGAGCUGCUUGUCGCUUCGGAAGGGCCGCCAACCUCAUUGGCUUGA